AAUAUUUAAAGACUGAAACAGUGAAUCCAACAUGGGAACUAAUCCAAAAAGGACAGUGACGGUCCAGAUGGUGCCUCAGCUGGCUGUGGUGGACACGCUGGGUAAUAAGGAGUCAAAUGCCAACUGGGCUAAAGAGCCCAACCUCAAGCUCUCUCAGGUUUGUCCAAAACCCACCCUCACAUCUCCAGACCACAAACAGGAUAACCUAUCUGUGACUGCCGCUCCCACUAACAUCAUCCCACAUAGCCCAAAAACUACUUUCAAAGGAGGUGAACCAGUUAGCAGUACUGUGUCGGACACACCAACAUCAACCAACGGAAAUGAGAAAAAAUCAGAGAAUAUGGCAGGUGGAGACCAACAGAUGCCAGACCUGUGUUUGAAAAGCCAAGGCGUUGGUGAGGCAGGGGGGGAGCAGAGUGAUGCUAAUGCUAAUAUGAGAAUGAUAAGCUUGGCUGAUGAAAAGGAAAUGUGUAAGAGCGGUUUGUCAUCUGCCGUUGCGGCGUCAAAGGUCGACAAGCCGACCAACGACUGCAGAACAAAAGCAUCAGGUACAACAAAGGAUGAAUGCGCAAAGCCAGGAGGGCUGGGGAGUCGCUCAUCAGCAGCUAAGGCCACAGUAAUAGAGGACAGUAAUAAAAAUGUGUCCGCAAAUAAUCCAAAUCUAAACGCCUUGGUGACACCGCAACGUGAGAGUAAAGGAGGAGUUUCAGCUGGUGUUAACAAGGACCCAGCUGCACCACAGGAGUCUAAAGAGCUUCACCAUAUGCACACUUACCCACAAAGCUCGGUGUGUCCACAAGAGACACACAAAACGAAACAAACCACGGAAACUACACCUGCACCCACUACACCUCUUAUAAAGAAAGAAGACACAAAGAAUUCCAGUUCAGCUCAUCCCAAGGAGGAUUUUCAGCCAGCAAAGACUCCACAAGUCUCCUCGGAUAAACAUCAGCCAAUGUCCUCACAGAAGGACUCCUCCGCUCAGCCCCAGGCCAUGCAAAACAUGCCGACAGACGGGCAGGUGGCCGAGGAACCCAGCCAGACUGACACAGCUGUCUUUGAAGGGCAGCAGCCAGAGCCUCCCUGCAAGCUUUACAGGGAGGCUUCGACUAUGACCUCAUCUCUGUCAUCCACACCAGUUAAGCAGUGUCAUGAUAUGGAGGUCCAAGCUGUCGCAAACACAUGCAAUAAAGCUGUGUGCACGAGUCCAAGCCUGCUGCCCUUCGCUGUGACUCGCAGGCCAAGCGGUGCUGGCGCAGUCCCCAGGGAGGAGGCGCAGACCCUGGCUGUCUACCAGGUGGAUGGCGGCAUGGACCUCCAUCAGCUGAAUAUCGAUCCAAAGUCUGAGAAACUCACUGUUGAGGCUGAGUUGUGCCCCAACCAAAAUACCAGCAUGGUUCUAUCCCAGCAGCAAGACUCCAGGCUCGGAGCCAAGCCAAAAGAAGGAUCAGCUCUAUGCAAUAUCCAGCCGGUAUAUCAGAUCAACAUUGAACACAGUAAUCACAAAGAACCAGGAGAGUCAGGUAACUCCCAAUAUAAAACUGGAGUUCAGGCGGCAAAAACAGCAACUGCUGAAGCUUCCACUUUCAAAUCAGGGACACCCCCAGAGACAGCUGGCACUACCAAGCCUGGAUCUGCUGACAGUAACAAUGCUGUACUGUCUCAGGCUACUGUUACAACCAAGGCAACAUCAACAUCAGCAACAGCAAACACUACAACCAAGUCUGAUACAGCUAAACAAAAAGCUGCAGAAAAGACUAAAACAAAGGAGACGAAGUCCAGCAAGGACAAAAUCAAACCAGAGAGAAAUGAAGAGGAAGACGAUCAGUCAGGGAAGCAGAAAGGAAAAAGCGUCCAUGACGUAGUCUGGGACGAGCAAGGGAUGACCUGGGAGGUCUACGGUGCCUCUGUGGACCCUGAGUCUCUUGGGUUUGCCAUUCAGAGCCAUUUACAGUGCAAAAUCAAGGAGCAAGAGCGGAAACUCAUGGCACAGACCUCCUUCCGAAAGUCAAUCUCUGGUGUUGAUUCACCGCAACAUGGCAGAAAGAACAAAAGGAGGCAGCAGAAUAUUUUCAGGUCAAUGCUGCAAAAUGUCAGGCGGCCCAACUGCUGCGUUCGCCCCCCUCCCUCCUCCGUCCUCGAGUAGCUCAGCGCAGAGGUAGCCAAUGUCAGACUCCUCCCUUUUCCUGGAGGUCAAAAUGCUUGUCCUCUCCUUGUGAUGAUUAAAAUGCCAAGUGAAACAUUAAUGGGAAAAUGAUCCCUGUAAAGUAAGUAUACUGGAAUGUUGUAGCAAACUAUUUGUGAUGUUUUUGAUCAAAGACGACGAAGGUAGAGAAAUAGAGAUAUGAACUGAACAAAUCAAGACUUAUUUUCUAGAAAUAGAUAUUACAAAAAGAAAGGAUCUCUUUUUAAACAAAGGCAAUAAUAGUGAAACGCAUGUAUAUUAGUUACAAUGGCAGUUGUAUGACCUACAAAGAAGUGCAGAUAAUGGGGUAGAUAUAAUUACUUAAUAUGAACAUAUCUGUGCAAAUAUAUUAAAACAUCUCAUUACAUUUGGUGCAUUUGGUAUAUGUUGUUGAGGUGUUUUGGGGCCCUAUAUUUAUAAAAUUGCUGUAUUUCUUUUCUUGCACAUUUAUUUUCAGUGAGUUACUACGUUGUGCAAAAAAGGGACUGUAUGCAUACAUGCGCUGUUUAAUCUAUGUUCUUUGUUUUUUUUAUUAAAACAAGAAAACCUA